AUGAGUUCCACUUUAAUUUCAUUAUUCAGAUCACAAACAAAUGGUGCCGCUGAUGGUACUGGUGUUUUAAAACUUGUUGAUAAAGCUAAAGCUUUAUUAGGUAACAACUUACCACAAUACUUGGUUGAUUAUACUCUAAGUAUUCAAAUGUCAAUAUUUGGUGAUUAUCCAUCAUCAAAAGAUAUUGCACCAAGUGCUAUAUUCUUGUCAAUUUUCAUCAUUUUCACAUUGGCUCAUUUAUAUAUCUUUACUAAAAAUAUGAUGAGAGGUCAUAGGUUUUGGUUAAGUUUAUUGUUUGCAUUUUAUUGCUUUUUAAGAUUCUUGGGAUUCACUUUAAGAGUUGUUUGGGCUAAAGAUAUUUUAAAAAUGAAGACUGGUAUUGCAAGUGAAAUUUUCAUUGUUAUUCCUGUUGUUAUAUUGGCUGGGUUGAAUUUAAUUUUAGCUCAAAGAAUCUUUACAUGGAGACAUCCUCAUUUAGGUUCAACUAAAUUCUUUUGGGCAAAUAUGAUUACAACUUAUGCAAUUGUCACUGGUGUUGUUGUCAUGGCUAUAAUUGGUUCUGUUGUUCCUUAUAUCUAUUUUCUUAGUGAACAUCAUUUCAAAAUGUGUAAACAAGUUAAUCAAGCUGCAAGUGUUUUAUGUGUUUUAUUUUCAUUAUUGGCCAUCUUUUUAGUUGCUGCUGCUUAUUUGAUUCCUUCAAGUAAACGUGAUGUUUCAAUGUGGACUUAUCAACCAUGGUGGGUUGAAUCUUUUGGUAUGUGGUAUUUUGUUCCAAAAGAUUCAGCUAAAAGAGCUGAAGAAUCUUUUAAAGAACGUGAUGAUCAUGCUUUUAAUGCAACAAGAAUUAUUACAUCAACUCAUGAACGCUCAAAUCAAAUUGAACGGGUUCAAUCAAUUGAUAAGUCUGGUAAAUUGGGUCAUAAUCAUUCAAUUUUAAUUAUUGCUUUAACAACAUUGAUUUUAUUAAUUUCCACAUUAUUUAGAUGUGUUAGUACUUUUAUUGAACAACAAAAGGGGAACCAAUCAUGGAUUUUUGAACCUGUUGUGAUGUAUAUCAUGUUUGGAGUUUUGGAGGUUCUUAUAAACAUUUUAUAUUUGACUGGACGUGUUGAUUUAAGAUUCUAUAGACCAGAUAGAUUGAAGAAGUCAAUGAGAGGUUCAAGAUCAUCAAAUGUCAAUCAAGUUCAACCAACUGGAACAACAGAUGAUGGUUCAAAUCUUUCAAAUAUUGAUGGUGAAAAGGCUACCACUGAUCAUGGUGAGAGGGGUCAUAUGAGUAGUUCGGAUAACGUUGUUUGA